CAAAAGGCAGAGAACAGAGUGGAAAGAAAAAAGGGGGAAUUAAGAACUGAAACAGUAAGUCCUUUUGGGGAUUUAACCAGGGAGAAAUUAGUGUGCAGGUUUCUAACUUGCUCAGCAAAGCCAAAACCACAGACUGAACUCAUCAGCUGUCAACCAAACAGCAGAUUUGCUCUGAUCGACAUUCCCUGGUGUCAGUCUUCAUUUGCUAAACCAUCCGGCAAGAAAAAAAAAAAAAAAAGAUCCUCUGGACAUCGAACAAAUAUAGUCCUGUUGCUGUAGUGAAACUCCAGAGGGACCUUGAUUGACAGGUCUCCCUCCAGAGGAACUCUGAGGGGCUGCCACCAGAAGAGACAUGUGCUAGAAGUUGAACAUCUGUCCUGAACGACUGGUCGGCUUUGACUCUAGAAGAUGAGCAAUGAGGAUGAAUUCUACGACGCCGUCACAGGCCUAGAUUCGGACGAGUCGUACGAGGGGGUGUCGGAGGCCAGUUUCAAAGAUGCACUGGUGUUUGACAGCAGCAGCCAGAAGAAGAAUGGAUCAGUGCCACAGGAGAAUGGCAUCAAGAAACACAGGACAUCGUUACCUGCUCCCAUGUUUUCCAGAAACACUAUCAGUGUUUGGAGUAUCCUGAAGAAAUGCAUCGGACUGGAACUUUCCAAGAUCACGAUGCCCAUCGUCUUCAACGAGCCUCUGAGCUUCCUGCAGAGAAUCACAGAAUACAUGGAACACACUUACCUCAUCAACAGAGCCUGCUCGCUGUCCGACUCCAUAGAGCGCAUGCAGGCAGUAGCUGCGUUUGCUGUUUCAGCAGUUGCGUCUCAGUGGGACAGAACUGGAAAACCCUUCAACCCUCUGCUGGGAGAGACCUAUGAACUCACCAGAGAUGACCAGGGUUUCCGGCUGGUAUCGGAGCAGGUAUCCCAUCAUCCCCCAGUCAGUGCCUUCCAUGCAGAGAGCCUGCGCGGGGACUUCGUCUUCCACGGCUCCAUCUACCCCAAACUCAAAUUCUGGGGCAAGAGUGUUGAGGCUGAGCCUAAAGGGACCAUCACACUAGAGCUACUCAAGCACAACGAGGCGUACACAUGGAGUAACCCAUACUGCUGUGUACACAACAUCAUCCUGGGCAAACUAUGGAUAGAGCAGUAUGGUACAGUGGAAAUAGUCAACCACAGCACCGGAGACAAGUGUGUGUUGAAUUUCAAGCCCUGUGGGAUGUUUGGCAAAGAGCUGCACAGAGUGGAGGGAUACAUCCAGGAUAAGAGUAAAAAGAAGCUCUGUGUCAUCUAUGGGAAGUGGACCGAGUGCAUGUGGAGCGUGGACCCUCAGGCCUACGAGUCCCACAAGAAGUCAGAGAAGAAAGGAGACAACAAGAAAAACAAAAAUGAGGAGCAGGAGGGAGCGGUGAAUGAUGAUGCAGAUGACAUGCCUGAAAUCCAGGAGACAGUGGCUGUGGUACCAGGAAGCACUCUGCUGUGGAGGAUAGACUCCAGACCAGCACACUCUGCUACGAUGUACAACUUCACCAACUUUGCAAUGUUUCUCAAUGAGUUGGAGCCUGGCAUGGACGGCAUUUUGGCUUCCACCGACUGUCGCUUCAGGCCUGACAUCAGAGCCAUGGAGAAUGGCAACAUGGAUGAGGCCAGUCAGGAGAAAGAGAGACUGGAGGAGAAACAGAGAGCUGCCAGAAAGGAGAGAGCCAAGAAUGAGGAAGAGUGGUCUACAAGAUGGUUCCAGAAUGGCACCAACCCGCACACCGGCUCCCAGGACUGGAUCUACAGCGGUGGCUACUUCAAUAGGAACUACCAAGACCUGCCCGAUAUCUACUGAUAGCCUGCCAGCCUUCACCCUCCUCCUCCUCCUCUUACUCUCCUGUAACCCGCGGUGAUCUACCUGCCUGUCAAAAGAAGUCGGAGAGACAUGUUUAAGAAUUCGUUUAAACCCACCUUCAUCUUACUGCCUUCAACAUCACCUACUUUCUCUGUAAACUUCCCGACACACUCAGCGCAUUGAAAGGACGUACAAAGGAGCCAAAUGCCUGUCACUUGUUUCAAAAACAGCAGCUUGCCUUGAUGUCUAUUGAGUCUUCAGGUCUUUUUUUAACAUGUUAAGGACUUUACACCAUCUUCACUUCAGUCUCAUCAUCUCUGUGUGAUUUCUCUCAACUAACGACCAGCAAAUGUCUCCCAUCUCUCUGUCCCAGCAUCGUUUAGAGCACAAUAACCAUCUUCUUCCUGACCAGUCCCAGUGGGAGAGAGUUGGUCCGAUCUGAAUGUGUAACGUCUUUACAAUCAAACUCUCUCCUCUGAGGAACCGCCAGCUAAGCCUCUGCAUUUUAAAACAGUCACAUGGGUCAUCAGAGAGUAAAAACAACAUGAAAGUAGGACAUCAUAAUCACAGCGAUUAAUGGACACGGAGGGACACCCAGUCAACGGGGAAAUCAGGGAUGUGAAUGCUCCUUUGACUGAAGAUGGAUCAUGAGGAUGAAUUUUUUUUUAUUUCUUUUUGGAAACUUAAAGACACAAACACUCAAAAAAAUCACAUGGAUGUGUUUUGAGGAACAAAAUUAUAAAGAUUUAUUGUGUAAUAAAUAUGGUAACCUUGGUUAGGACCAAUGAAAUAGAGACAUAAGCUCAUUACUGUCCAUGUGUCAUAUCCCUAAAAUGUUAGGUAUCUACUAUUACUGUCCCAUCACACUCCACUUCAUCCAUUAAUUACUAGAAAACUGAUGUUUCCUCGACAGCAGAGUGGAAUGUUUAGCUUGAUUGGAACCAGACAAGAAACCACAUGUGAUCUGAUGUUUUCAUUUGUAUUGAAACAUAAGAAGAAAAACAGACCUUAAUGUUUGAAUGUUUCUGUGCUGGCUUCAGAGUCAUAGCUGAUACGAAGAAAGCUCCACACAAGUGCAAAAAAAAAAAAAAAAAAACUGAUUUAAAUAGAAGUAACUUGUAAAUGCAGCACUUUGCUAACCAGAAAUGAAAUGUGGAGGAAAAAAAGAAGAAAAAAAACAACCCACCCCCCUCCCAAUUUAACACCAGUAACAACUUGAUCAAAUCUGUGCCUGCAUGUGCAUGUAAAUCUGAACCCAGAAGACUAAAGUUACCUCUACAGAGUUCAACCUCCCACUGAAUGAUUUUGACGUUUAAAGCAGAUGUGUAAUCCCCAAAUUAGACACACUGAGAUCCCUGAACAGUUAUUAAAUUAAACAUUAAACAUUCAUUGUGUGAAUGAGUGUGUAAAGAAUUACAGACACUUAAAGCCAUAUUAACGACAGAAGAGUGGAUUUGCUGUGUGAGUGACAGGGAUUUGACAAUGUUAACUCUCAACAUUGAUAUUUUUAUUAAUCUUAUUGUCACUAUAGCAUGAUUUUAAAAAAAAAAGAGAGAAGAAAGCAUUACUCAUGUGGGUGUAAUACAAUGUAACACGCUGCAUUAUAUAUUCUGCUCUACGCCUAGGUUGAUGAAUGUUAGUGUUGCUUUUUCAGCUGAUGCUGAUUGUAGUGAGGAGGAGGCAACAGAUCAUCAGCACAUCAAGUUUCAUUUUCAAACUAAAUUUAAUAAGAAAGAAGAGAAAUGCACUGUACUGAACGUUAGCACAAAUAUGAUUGUUGACAGUUCUCCAGCUGAUGGAGUGAUAUUUAGGUUUUUUUUUUUGGAGCAGAACUCUUGAUGUACACAAACUUGUCACUCUUACAUCUCACGCCGAGUUUGCUUUUUCUCUGCACAUUUUCAAUCAUGUUAAGAACAUUGCACCCAGGAAAUAUUUGGACUUUAGCUGCUCUAUAGAGUCAUCUCGUUGUUAUGGUAACUUUAGGUAGCUGACUCUUAAGUAUUGUGUGUUUCAUUCCAGCUGAGCAGGACUCAAACUUCCACUCCAAGCUGAAAUCAUGCAGAUUACAAGAUUGACUGGACACUGAACCACAUGAAAAACACCUGAAGUACAAACAACACAUUUUACUUUCAGUUUAUAAAAUGUUUAUGAAAUAUUGGUGUUUAAUUUGUAUUAAUAACCAGUGAACCCAUAUUAUAGAGCAAAUAAAUGUAUAGCUCCAAGCAUGGAUAGAGUUUAAAAUCCCCAUCUAUUGGUUCGCGGUUCCUAUUGAAGCAGAUAGGAACAAUUAUUAAAGUUUUUUUUUUCAAUGGGUCUGGCUCAUAUAAAACCUUAGUUCACCUCACAUCAGAAUGUUAAGUGAAAAUGAUGUAUACACAAAACCUGCAGACCUGUUUGCACUGGUGAAAAUGUGUCUCCAACUGAAUAAGCUGUUCUUUUUUUUAUUUUAAUAGAAAAUGAUAGUUUCACUUCUUUUCAAAUAACAUGUAACAGAGAAAGUGCAGCAAAUCUAAUGUUAAUGCUGAGUUUGAAAUCUCUCCAGAACCUUUUCAGAAGUCUUCAGAACACAACAUAUGUACAAAAUACACACACACACAUUUUCAGCAGUGCAUUUAGGAUCUAUGAUGUAUUCCACAAUGACUCUAUGCAACUUUUGCACCUCAUGUCAGAUUUGUUAUUGUACAGUAGCUUUACAUUCCCCUUACUCCCAACAACAACACACACACACACACACAACCUCUGCUACACACAAGUGUCUCCAAAUAAUGACUUUGCCUUCAUAGUUUAUCUUAAUAUAUUCCAGAUAUUAGGAAAUGAUUAUAACUUGUCGAGCUGCUUGGCACCACAGCCAUGCUUUUGUCACAUCUUGGAUCAACUUAACUUUUCAUUUGUUGUUAUAUGUAUGUCCGUGUUAUGCUUAGUGCCUGAGUUUUUAUGUUUCCCUUUUCUCCUUAAAAAAAAAAAAAAUUCAUGUGCGUUAUUUAUGAUGUUUGAAGUUUUAUGACUUAUGAAUUCUGUGGUGUCUUUGUUUUCCUCUUCUUUUUCUUGUAUAGCCAAUUCAAACAGCCUUAAAUUUGUCUUUUGCUAACAAAUCUGAAGUGUUUGUAGAAGAGCUGGGUGGAAUCAGUUUGAAGAGAAAAUUCAUUCACAAGCUUAAACACUUGUACAUUUGUCUUUGCCUGUCAUAUCUGUUAGAUUUACUAGCCAACACAGUAUGUAGGUGCAGGCUUUGUGUUCCCACUGCAAAUUCUUUUGGCUGCUAAAAUCCUGAAUUUGGUUAUUUUUCUGCUUUUUUUGUUGUUAAAAUCGUAUUAAUAAACACUACUCAAGUCACACUGUUGCAGUCGGGUGCAAAUUGUCCAUGUGGAAAAAGUAAAGCUUUGCAUGUAAAAGUAAUUCCAGCUGGUUAAAAUGGUACAUAUGGAGCGGUCACAUUCAUCCGUGCUGAUUCAGACUCGACCUGUUACAAAAACUAAUGUCAUUAAAGUAGAUGUAGGUUUUAUGUUUGCUUCCAGUGUUGCUUAUUUCUUUUAGAUUUGACCCUCCUCCUCUUGAACUGUAUCAUGUUGUUGUCAAUGUUAUGUAUGUGUACAAGUGCUGCACAGAGGUAAUCACAAGCAAAAUGGCAUAUUAUUUUGUGCAACUGAUUUAUUUUUAUAGUAUUUAAACCGUUUUUUUUUUUGGUGAGAAUAUUGUACCAGAUGUUUUAUUUGGAGGUGGGGGACUGUAAGGGGGUCGUAUCCAUACCGUGGACAGCUUGGUAGAUUCAUGAAUGGGGAAAAUGUCUACUAAUAAAAUCCUAAUUUCAGUU